AACAAGUUUGGCACAUCCAUCCCGCUUUAUUAUUUGCUGUUUCCCGUUUCGGCCGCAUCGCCAGCAGAUAUGCUCAACUACUUCUCGUCAAAGAGGCAGUCGCGGGCAUUGCUGCAAGCCUUUGUGGCCCUGACCUUGAUUUUGGUCUUCUUGUUCUACACCAACGACGGAUACGCCUAUGUUCGAGGCACACAUGUCGAGGUAUUGUCCGACGGAGACGUAGUCGCAGUGCAUUCUCCAGUGGGCGGCCAUGCGCCGGCGCCCACCAAGAUCGCUACUGCGUCACCAAACACUUCAUAUCCAAAGCCGACGGCCACGGCGCCAGUACACCUCUCCACGCCUUCUCCGUCCCACAAACCUACCGUACACCGCCCGGCACCCCAACUUCCGACUCAUCCGCUCAACGAUACCUUGUUGGAGAAAGCACCAAAGUACAUCAAGGCCAUCCUUGAUCCCUUCGACACUUCGUUCGAUCGCCUGCAGUGCCCCUCCAGCAUAACUCUCAUCGACCGCUAUGCGUACCUUCGUUCUCCUCCCGAAUCCCAGGGAAAGGCAGUCAAGCCCAAAUAUUUCUUCGCGCUGGACUUGUACGAGAUUGCCGAUCUGCUGCCUCGUCUGAUGAACUCCAUCAUCGAGUCCAUCAGAUUCCUUGGGCCGGAGAACUGCGUGUUGAGCAUUGUAGAAGGCCGCAGUGACGAUGGAACGUAUGAGAUUCUCUACGAAUUGCACAAGAAGCUCCAGAACCUCGGAGUCGCAUACAUCCUGCAGACCAGCGAUCUGGAUCCCAAGGGGGGAGACCGAGACCGCAUCGAUGCCCUCGCCGAGCUGCGCAACAUUGCCCUGGCCGAUCUCAUCGAGCACCCCGAGAAAUACGAUCCCGAGACCACCAUUGUCUUCUCCAACGACGUUUCGUUGUGCAUGGAGGACGUACUGGAGCUGGUGCACCAGAAGGUGUUGCAGAAGGCAGAUAUGAUGUGCGGUAUGGACUGGAACAUCUGGGACCCGCUUGCUUUCUACGACAGCUGGGUUGGGCGCGGCAUCAAUGGCGACCUCUUCAUCAAGAUCAUCCAGGAAGGCGAUGUGAUGGUCGACAACGAAGCCGGCAUCUUCUGGAACCACAAGCUUUCUCGCGAGCGAAUCGAUGCCUGGAAGCCGCUUCAGGUCUUUGCCUGCUGGAAUGGUAUCACCGUCUUUACCGCGAAGCCGUUUAUGGAGAAGAAGAUCAAAUUCCGCUACGUCCCCGCCGACAGCGACAGCGAGUGCUACCAGGCCGAGCCCAACCUCUUUGCCAAGGACAUGUGGUAUCACGGUUACGGUAGGAUUGGUAUCGUUCCGACCGUCAACCUCGCCUACUCAGACGGCGAAGCCAAGAGCUUGAGGGAGAAGAAGGGUUGGAUGCAGCAGCAUCUUGUUCCAGACGAAGAAGCCCUGAUAGAGUGGAACCCGGAGCCUCCGGCCAAAGUAGUUUGUGUGCCUUGGUUGCGAGGCGACCAAACAUGGCACGCAUGGAAUCAAGGCCUUCCCGGCUAUGUAGCACCUCCAGGCGGCGACACUGGGAAGAAAGAUGACUAUGAAGACGACCAACCCGACCUAAAGGACGACCAAUCCGACGAGGAAGAGUCGCAUGAUACGUGA